CGCUUUCCCAUUCGUCCGCACUGCCGAUCCCCAAAUGUAGACGUCUCCCUCCCAAUUAUUACUCCCCAAAACAGUAGCAGAGGCAGCAGUCGUCUCUCUCUCUCUCUCUCUCUCUCACUCACACGCGCACACACACACACACAGUCUCUCUCUCUGUUCUUACAGUCCAACAAUGGCCACAGAAGAAGAAGAUCCGCGGACCCACUCCCUCCCUCCGUACCCUCAGAUGAUACUGGCUGCGGUCGCAGCUUCCGGCGACAAGGAUGGGACGAGCAUGUCGGCGAUCGCCGAGUACGUGGAGUCGUCCUACGAAGGCCAGCUCCCGCCGUCGCACGCCUCGCAGCUGGACGCACACCUCGCCCGCAUGACCGAGGCCGGCGAGCUCCUCCUGGUCGGCAGCGGCUACUUCCGCCCUGGGCCAGAGGCACCUCCGCCCGUCAAGCGCCGCCGCGGCCGGCCGCCCAAGCCCAAGCUCCCCGACCCAGCUGGCCCCGCCGACGCGGCCCCGAGGCGGCGUGGCCGGCCGCCGAAACCAGUCGAUCCCCUGGCCCCCGCCAAGAUCCCCCGGCCGCGCGGCCGACCCCCCAAGCGCGCCGCCGAUGGUCCGGAUCCGGGUCAGCCGGGUUUGACCAAGAGACCGAGGGGCCGGCCGCCUAAAGUUAGGCAGCAGNUUACUGAAGUGGGAUUUGUCUGAGUGAUUGGGCUAUGAAAUUGCUAAUUAUUUGGACAGAUUGACGUUUUCUUCCUGGAAUCAAGUUGAUGGGAAUGGAGGGGACGUGGGUUUCUUGUAUGUUGUACAAGACCAUCAGGUAAGUGUUUUAUUGACUCCAAUGCUUCAUGCUCUGAUGCCUUCUUUCUUCAUAAAAAAGACUAGUCUUUUAUGCUACUGAAUUUUAAUUUAGAACAGAAGAUAUCUCUUGUUAUUUGGGCAUAUUGCUUAUCUGCUAAUUACAAGAAAUUCCUGUGAUGUUAGAAUGAAAGAAAAGUGAGUUCUCGUAAACGUUUGCUGCUUCAAGAAAAGAGUAGUGGAAGACUUGGAUUAAUUUGGAAUUCCUGAAUGAUUCUAGAUUGUCUA